AUGCGCAGCAUUCGAGGGGCGGUUUUGCAGGCCUUAAAGUUAGUGGGUGCGUCCACAGUUUAGUCAAUGCUGUGCCCUGUACUGGCCAGUUCGAUAUUUAAAGGGCGAUGUUAUAAUACAUUUAUGAGAUGCUGUGUCACAAGUACAUUUACAACUUUGCAGGCUAUAUCAUAUGUCAUCAUGCAUUUUAAAUGCUUUCUUGUAGCAUGUUUUGUACUUGACAUUUAUGGCUAUUUUGGUGCGUUACUCUCCUGGCGGCUAUUGUUUACUACAUUAGUGUGCCCAACUCACUCGAGCCAUUAUAGGACAAAUGUCCCUUUUACAAUGUCUCGGAUUAUUUUUUGUCAUUAUGUUGCCUGCUCUUGAUUUGCACUUGACAUUCUUUGGCUUCCAUUUUUUACUUGGAGUCUCGUUGGAGUAUAGGCCAACUCUCCUACGCCACUGUGGAAUGUCUCGGAUAUCUUUUUUGUCUCUUAGACGCGUUUCCGUUUCAAUUUACAAUCGCCAUGGGCUCAAUGAAAGCCCACCAAAAACCAAGGAACACACCCACUAAGUUUGAGGGUAUCACAAUAUUUUUAAUUUUUGUGGGAGUAAUAUAGUGUACAUUUUUCAUAAGAAUGCCUCCUAAACGAGCCUCAAAGCGCCAGGCAGCAAAAAGUCCCGCCUCUGCAGUCGCUCCAAAUCAACGCCGGGCAGAAAGUCGCCCUAUUUCCACGGCCCUGCCGGAGAGCUCAGCACAGCCACCUGAGUUCUCCUCGCAGUUAAGCCCCACCGAGCUUGGGGCAAUAAUUUCACAAGCUAUCUCGGGCGCGUUGCAGUCAGUCGGCAUCGUCCAAACAAACCUUGCUCCCGCCGAAAGGAAUUCAGGAACGAACACCCAGCCCACGGUUCAGCCCACCGUCGUUGAGGACGCCGCAUCAAAGGAAAUCGAGGCAUUGACGAACACCGUGGCUGCUGGUAGGCUAACUUUUCCAACCGAGAAACCAGAAAAAACGUUUUCGAGCGUCACUUUCGACCUCGAAUCUCGGGUCUCAGAUCUUGUCAAGGCAAAGAUUUGGGCGAACGAAUAUGUAGAUUUUGGGUCACUCCUCACGGUGUCCCCUGACCAGUCAAAGUAUCGUAUAUCUGUCACGGAUGAUCACGAUCACCCUAGUCUUUGCCUUGAGCACGUUAAACCAAAGCGGCGUAGCUUAACUAUCGACCAAUGGCUGACCGUGUUUAAUGUCUUCGUAGCUCUUUAUACAAUUAAGACUCCUAGUGCGAUAAUCUCCCUAAUGAAGUAUUGUGAGGUGGUUCGGGACAUCGCAGCAAAGCAAGGUAAUUGGCGUUAUUAUGACAAACAAUUCCGAUUUCUUCGUCAAUCAAAACCGGAUAGAUACCCUUGGGACAACGUAGCUUGGGAAUUGUGGCAUCAGGCCUUACAUAGCUCCCUUACCACCUCUCGGCCAAACUCUAACAAUGAUUUUCGAACCCGUCGGCCCAACCAGCGUCCCUUUCAGUCUUUUCCCAAGGGAGUGUGUUGGCUGUUUCAUGCCGGACAAUUCUGCAGGGGAUGCAAUUUCAAACACUCCUGCUUUAAAUGUGGAUCUGUCCACCCAGCGACCCAAUGUGCCGCUACCAGAUCUAACACAAACAACCGUCCAGCGCCAAGCCUGCCCUCUGGGAGUGACAGUCAGGGACGAGCUUCUGUUGAGUCACGGGCCAACCCCGGUAAAGCCCGUCCAACUCGCGUCUUACCUUAG